ACCCAAGUCCCGUUCGCGCUUCCGGCCUAGUAAUCCACUUGUUGACGACAGAGACGGUGGUAGACGGUGUGUUUUAAGUUAAACGGACAUGUUAAUUUAAAUAAUUAGUCCAGUUUUCUUGGAGUAAGCGCUAUGUUGGGCUUGAGGGAAGCUGGCGUUGUCGGUUUCUCCGUGGCUCUGGCUGGAGGAUUGGCUUACGUCUUUUGGAACUACACGAUCAACUCCCGGCAAUCUGGUGAAAGUCGCCCGGGGGACGAGGCUGAGAGGCGAAGGCCCACCGGAGAAAAGCCGAAGAAAGAGGAGGUAGACGCGAGUGGGAAAGACGUCGAGGAAACUGUCGUCAAAGCCCGUGUUGAGGCUGUUUGCACCCCCGAGAAAGCGCAGAAAGUAUCGGAGCAGUCAAAGUCGUUGAAGCCAGAAGGGACCCAAGUGCUGGUUCUGGGUCUGGAUGGAGCGGGAAAAUCCAGUCUGCUGUACUGUUUGGCCAUUGGCAACCUGGACGUGGACAUUGAGCCGACGCAGGGCUUCAAUGCCGUCUCCAUUAACAAAGAAGACCUGCACGUUGAAUUCCUCGAAAUCGGCGGCAAGGCAGAGCUGAGACCUUAUUGGCCAAGGUACAUGUCCAAGGCUCUGCUGCUGGUGUUCGUGGUGGACUCGGCGGCGCCGCAGCUCUUUGGCGUUGCCAAGGCACAGCUGCACAAGCUGCUCAAUGACGACCCCUGCCUGCCUCUAAUGGUACUGGCCAACAAGCAGGACCUUCCGGGCGCCCGCAGCAUUACCGACCUGCACGAGGCGCUAGAGCUUUCCGAGGUGGGAGAGCGGAAAAUCUUUCUUAUCGGCACAUGCGUCAAGAAGGGUGAAGCGGAAGUCACCUCUGGUGUGCGGGAUGCCCGAGAGCUGAUCAUCCAGCUGGCUGGCGACAAGUAAACGGCAGGCAGCAAGUCCCAAUGUUCUCGUUGCGCCUUGUUCACUCGGGUCAGCGUAACUGAAACGAAACUUAACCAAAGAUGUUCUCAAUGUUUUUGUAGUAAAUAGGGAAUAUUUUUGCACCACUUUUUUGAGUACUACUACUACUUUUAUAUGAUUUUCCAUGUAACUUUUUAAGUACACAGCCAUUACGGAGAAGAACAGGUUAAAGUUGUAAUGUUACAAGGAAAAAAGUAAUGUACCGUUUGUGACCCUAAAAGGGUCAAUUCAUAGUCUUACCAACUAAUAAUUAUAUAUAGGAAAAAGUUAGUUGAUAAAAAUGACAUGAUUUUCCAAGUAAAAUAUUCUGAUUGUAUUGUUUUCUAAUGACUUUUUUUCCAUGUUCUAUUGUGACUUUCCCCUCAUAAUAUAUCAUUCUGGAAAUGUAUUACAUAAAAAGAUGGCUUUUAAUACAACCGUCUUUCAGUGUUGCAGUUCCUUUUCAACUUGGAGCCAAAUUUCUUUCAACCGUCCUCCAAGUUGAAUGAAAGUUUUGCAGGAUACGGCAGAACAAGAACUAAAUGUACUUUUAUUUUUUUUAACCGCACUCCUUAAAAGUGGGAGACUAUUGCGUGUGAAUUUCACUUAUGGCUAUUAAGUUACUAAAGUUAUAAAAGUUGAUGUUUCCUUCAAAUAUCUUUUUUUUUUACUGUCUGGCCAUAAUGACCUUUGUUUUUGCUGUGUCUUAAACUAAUGUCAACUUUUUGAUCUCUUUUCUGGUUUCUCCAAAAACAAACUUUUGUCUUACAACAGAUUUUUGACCAGUUAAAAUUAAAGAUUGUUGUGUAAAUA